GUGAACGCAUCACGUGAUCUGCCGCGUGGGCUCCGAGCAUCACGGAUGAAAACCGAAGUGAAGAAAUAAACGGUAAAAGUUGACGCAGUGACUUUAGCCGUCGGUCAAGACAAGGAGAGCUACGACGUCCUUCUUUCAGAAAAUGUCAGCCUUGACAAGCGGGGCGCUGCUUUAAACCAGAAGCAAAGUCUUCUGAUCCACGGCUCUCCAGAGACCCCCAGGCCUCUUCACAGAAAUGGGACCUCUCCCCUUUCACGUUUCCCCAAUCCCUUUCCUUCUCUUGGUCCUCCUACUGUCCGACCCUUGCACCUCCGCCAGGCCCACCGUUGUUGAGCGGGCGUCCGCCUCUCAGCUGACCGAGCCCUCUGGUAACGUCUCAGGGAGCGGCAAGCGGGCUUGUGCAGGCCAUGUUGUGUGUAAACCGGGCAUACUUCUGCCUGUGUGGUUGCCCCUCAACCCUCCACAGGGCGAGCGAGCAGGAAGGGCUGUCAUCUACUUCCUGUGUCUCAUGUACAUAUUCCUGGGAGUGUCCAUCAUUGCAGACCGUUUUAUGGCAUCCAUCGAAGUCAUUACCUCUCAGGUUAAAGAGGUGACCAUCACCAAACCCAGCGGAGAGACAACAGUAACUACGGUGCGAAUCUGGAAUGAAACUGUUUCCAACCUCACACUCAUGGCACUGGGCUCUUCUGCGCCCGAAAUCCUGCUUUCUGUCAUUGAGGUAUGCGGGCAUAACUUCCAUGCAGGGGAGCUAGGUCCGGGCACUAUUGUGGGCAGUGCUGCCUUCAAUAUGUUUGUCAUUAUCGGUAUUUGUGUGUGGGUGAUCCCCAAUGGAGAGUCUCGCAAGAUCAAACACCUGCGAGUAUUCUUUAUUACAUCGUUCUGGAGUAUCUUUGCCUAUAUUUGGCUGUACCUGAUACUCGCUGUGAUAUCGCCUGGAGUUGUAGAGGUGUGGGAAGCUGUGGUAACGCUGCUUUACUUUCCUGUGUGCGUUCUACUGGCUUGGAUUGCUGACCGUCGCCUGCUCUUCUACAAGUACAUGCAUAAACGUUACCGCGCUGACAAAAGACACGGCAUUGUCGUGGAAAUGGAAGGAGAUCCUGAACCCAAAGGCAAUGAUGUUAUCAUGGAUGGAAAGAACUCGGAUGACAUUUUGUGCCCUGCAAACCCCUCGAGUGUGACAGUGUCUGUACAAACAGGAAGUGAGAUUGAGCAGAACCAAGACGAGGUGGUCCGUAUCCUGAAAGACCUGAAGGAGAAACACCCAGACAAAAACCUUGACCAGCUUAUUGAAAUGGCCAACUACUCUGCGUUAGUUCAUCAGAAGAAAAGUCGAGCUUUUUACCGCAUCCAGGCCACUCGCUUGUUAAUUGGUGCUGGAAACGUACUGAGGAAACACGCUGCUGAACACUCACGCCGCACAGGGACCGCAAGUCAGGAAGAUGACAAACUCACAUGCUCUCAUGUUUGCUUUGAAAGUGGUCAGUAUCAGUGCACAGAGAACUGUGGGACUUUGAGCCUCUGGGUGGUUCUUGAUGGGGGCACUGGCCAGAACACUUUCUAUGUGGACUACUGCACGGAAAACGGUUCUGCCAAUGCUGGAGCGGACUAUGAAUUCAGUGAAGGAACCCUAAUAUUUAAGCCUGGGGAUACACGGAAAGAGAUAAUGGUAAAAAUUCUGGAUGACGACAUCUUUGAAGAGGACGAGCAUUUCUUUGUGCGUCUUCAAAAUCUGAGGUUAGAGGAGGGCGGAGAUGAAGGGACAGAACGUUCCCCCAAGGGAAGGCUGGUUGAGCCGCUGGUUGCCACUGUCACCAUCUUGGAUGAUGACCAUGCUGGCAUCUUCACCUUUAGUCAGGGGGUUCUGCGAGUGAGUGAGAGCACAGGAACCUUGACGUUGACGGUGGUCAGGAAUUCAGGCUCUAGGGGUACCGUUUCUGUACCGUAUCACACAGAGGAUGGCAGUGCCAAAGCUGGAGUGGACUACGAAGAUGCCAGGGGGGAGCUGGAAUUUACCAAUGAACAGACAAGUCAGACCUUAAAAGUUCACAUUGUAAACGUGGAGGAGUAUGAAAAGCAAGAAAGAUUCUUCAUUGUGCUUGAGGAGCCAAAAUGGCUAAAGCGAGGACUUUCUGCAUUACUUCUUAAUCAGGGCUUUCCCACCCCUGAGGAGGAAGAGGCCAGGAGAAUCUCUGAAAUGGGAAAGCCCAUUCUAGGAGAGCACAGCAGGAUUGAGAUCAUUAUAGAAGAGUCCUGUGAGUUUAAGAUCACUGUGGAUAAACUCAUAAAGGACACAAAUCUGGCUGUUGUGAUUGGCUCCCAUUCAUGGAGGGAGCAGUUCAUUGAAGCAGUGACCGUCAGUGCAGGCGAUACAGACGACGAGGGACAAGAUCAGCCAGCGCCGAACUGCUUUGACUAUUUUAUGCACAUGUUGUGCAUUUUUUGGAAGAUUGUGUUUGCUUUUGUCCCGCCAACUGAAUAUUGGAAUGGGUGGGCCUGCUUUAUUGUGUCCAUAUCAGUCAUUGGUUUCUUAACAGCCAUCAUUGGAGACCUUGCUUCACAUUUUGGCUGCACAGUCGGCCUAAGAGACUCUGUAACUGCAGUCGUUUUUGUCGCUCUGGGGACUUCUCUUCCUGAUACAUUUGCCAGUAAAGUUGCUGCAACCCAGGACCAAUACGCAGACGCUUGCGUGGGGAAUGUGACUGGAAGCAAUGCAGUGAAUGUGUUCUUGGGAAUUGGUUUAGCUUGGUCUGUGGCAGCCGUCUAUUGGACAGCCAAGGGUCAGGUUUUCGAAGUGGACCCUGGUUCUCUGGCCUUCUCUGUCACGCUCUUCACCAUUUUUGCCUUCUUCGCAAUGGGAGUGUUGAUGCUACGCCGGAGGCCGUCUGUAGGUGGAGAACUGGGAGGCCCACGGAUCCCCAAAAUUGUGACGUUAAUGUUUUUGUUCGGACUGUGGUUCCUUUACAUCCUCUUCUCUAGCUUGGAGGCCUAUUGCCAUAUUCAAGGCUUCUAAGAGAGCAUAGUUGGAGACAAUAUUUGCACAAAUGUAUAAGAUAUUCUCUUGAAAAAAGAGGAGACUCACUUGGAAAAAACCCACUAUCACCUGACAAACUGCUGCCAUGGUACAAAAAACACACUUGAACGGGACUCCAGUCUGAAGAAUGGGUUGUCACGGUAUAGAUCACUUUGACUAAAAAGCAUACAGUGUUACUAAAAAAGAUGGGAACAUAAUGAAUGUCUUUUAUCUAAGAUUUCAUGCGAGGUUGAUGUUUUUUCUUCAUGAUUAUUGAAUCUAUUCACACACUUUUUUUUUUCUUUUUUUUUUUUUAGAAAUUAUUGAGACAAAUGUGUAAGUAAUGCCUACUUUACAAUGUAUUUGAUUUAUUUUUAUCGUGACCUUCUGUAUUGGUUUGUUAUUCUCAAAAUGGGUCUAAGAUGUACACAACCAGUUCAUGUAUAGUGGAACAUUUUCAAGUCGGACCCGUUUAUGUCGACAAUUCGUCAAAGUCGACAAGUCAUAGUCUAGUCACGUUCUUCUUAUUGGUCGAUGUCGACAUACGGCUAUUGUCAACAUUAAAUUUGAUUUCAUUUCUAUGAAAUAUC